CUCGUUCAGCCGGCCAAGAUGCCAAAAGGGAAGAAGGCCAAAGGGAAGAAAGUGGCUCCGGCCCCUGCUGUAGUAAAGAAGCAGGAGGCCAAGAAAGUGGUCAAUCCUUUGUUUGAGAAGCGGCCCAAGAACUUUGGCAUUGGUCAGGACAUCCAGCCCAAAAGGGACCUUACUCGUUUUGUCAAAUGGCCUCGGUACAUCAGACUGCAGCGUCAAAGGUCUAUCCUUUAUAAGCGUUUGAAAGUUCCACCGGCAAUUAACCAGUUCACCCAGGCUUUGGAUCGUCAGACAGCUACUCAGCUGCUGAAACUGGCUCAUAAGUAUAGACCUGAGACAAAGCAAGAUAAGAAGCAAAGGCUUUUGGCUCGGGCUGAACAAAAGGCUGCAGGCAAAGGAGAUGUCUCCACUAAGAGACCACCUGUCCUGAGAGCAGGUGUUAACACUGUUACUACCCUGGUAGAAAACAAGAAAGCACAGUUGGUAGUGAUUGCACAUGACGUGGACCCCAUUGAGCUAGUGGUCUUCCUACCUGCCUUGUGCCGAAAAAUGGGGGUUCCUUAUUGUAUUAUCAAAGGUAAAGCCAGACUGGGUCGCUUAGUUCACAGAAAGACCUGCACAAGCAUUGCCUUCACACAGGUUAAUCCUGAAGAUAAGGGAGCCCUGGCUAAGCUGGUAGAAGCCAUCAAAACCAAUUACAAUGACAGAUAUGAUGAGAUCCGUUGUCACUGGGGUGGCAAUGUUCUGGGUCCAAAAUCGGUGGCUUGUAUUGCCAAGCUGGAAAAGGCAAAAGCUAAGGAACUUGCAACCAAAUUGGGUUAAAUGUAUAUUUGAUUUUUCCCUACAUAAAAAUAAAAAUUUAAACAAAA